CAUUGUGGUCUGUGAUUCGAAUUUUCGAAUUUCGACGAUUGUUUGUUUGUGGAACGGAUUAAGGAAUGAAAUACAAAAUAUAUUAAUUUAAAGUCCAAUAAUUUUCAAGUAAUUUAGAAGUAUAAAAAAUGGCUAAAAGAUCUAAUCCUUACAGUGAUGAUUACAUUCAGCAAAGCAAAACUCACGUUGGACGUAAGCAAUUUAACAACAAUGAAGACAGGUUGAAGAAAGUAUACGAAAAAACAUUACAAUUGUUGUAUAAAGGAGCAAAAAAAACUCUCCAACACAAUUUGUUACAAUGCUCUGAAGUAAGUUCAACUGAGAAGAAAGACGGGGUGAAGUUUAAGCAGCUCUUCAUCAGCAAGGAUGGUGGACUCAUGGAUUCUGGAAAUUUGGCUGCAGGCAAGUGUAUACAGGUGAAACAUUGUGCGUGUAGUGGAGUUGCAGCCGACCAGUGCAGCUACUGUGAGAGUGCUCUGUGUGCCACGUGCCAGCGUGCGUGUGCCGUCUGUCAGCUGCUGUACUGCUGCAAGUGCUCAUUCCCUGGGUCCGAAGGAACAGAAAUAUGUGUAUCGUGUUAUAGUUAAAGUUGGACUUAUAAAUCAAUUGUUAAAUAAAUGUUAAGUUAUUAAUGUGAUAGUAUUAAUAAAUAUUGUACUGUUUGUAAGAGCUGAAAGCCUGUUGUUAAAAUAUAAUAGAAAUUUAAUUAAUAAAAAUGCAAUUUAAUUUAAAUAA